ACGAUUUAAGAUACUAUCUUUAUUUAAACUAUCUAUAUUUAAAUCGUGGUCAUAGAAUAUUCUGUGGUAAUGAUAAGUACCACAUUUUUACGUUAUUGUGAUUACAAAUUUAUGUUUAUUGUUUGGUCUGUCCGUGCCGUUUGUAACGUUUACUCGUGACUCCUUUGCACUUAAGACCUUAACGCUGUUUUUGUAUUUUGAAUUUGUUUGUUUGAUCGAAAUUUUAUAUUUUUCAAACUAACUGUUUUAUUCUGUGCUAUCAUCAUGGUGAAUUUAUGCAUUGUGAAAGAUUGCAAUAAUUCUAGUAAGUUGACUUUGCAGAAGUACAAACUAUUUAAGGUACCUAAAGAUGAAUUACGUCGUAAGAAUUGGCUGAUAAAUUGCAGUCGUCAAGACUUAUUAGGAAAAUCAUCAGAUCACCAUCGGGUGUGUUCAGACUAUUUUGAGGACAAAAUGUACUCAAAUCCUAAUAAAACAGUUUUAUUGCCUACUGCUGUUCCUACCGAUUUGUCAAUGAUCAUUAAAGAACAUAGUUGCAGAGCUUCAUGUGUUGAUACUAGUAUAUCAGAUCCAUUAUUAUUUAAUAAUUCAGUUGCCACGAGUACUCCAACAAAACAAAAGGAGUCAAUUUAUAUUUCUUGUUCACUAUCUCCAAGUUCAUCAUAUUCUGCUGAUUGUUCGAUCUCCUCAUCUACUCAAACUAUACAAAUUCUCUCAUUACAUACCCCAAGAAAGAAAAAGUAUAGAGCUGAACUUUGAGAAAUUAAAAAUAAAUACGAACAAUUAGAACAGAAAAUUAAUGCGUUGAGUGAAGAAGUAACUAUGAAAAAUAGUGCAAAUGCAAUAGACGUGACUUCAGUUGAAUUGUUUAACAGAGUAGUUGAAGCACAUUUACCUCCUAACAUGUGCAUGGUUAUAAAACAGUAUGUUGAAAUGGGUAAGAGAAAACCUCAGGGCUACCAUUAUUCAAGUCAAAUUAAGUAGUUGGCACUAACUAUAUAUUUUUUUUGUCCGUGUGUGUACACAUUUUUAAAAUCAUUACAGUCAACUCGCGAUAUAACGAAUUUCAAGGGACCGAGAAA